CGCUGCCAUGGCCACGGCCGCCUCCAACCCCUACAGCCUGCUGAGCCCCGGGGCCCUGGCGCACGCCGACGCGGCGGGCAUGCAGCAGGCGGGGGGGCCUUUCCGCGGGCCCCCGAAGCUGCUGCUGCAGCAGGGCGACUACCUGCAGGGCGUGCCAGGCGCGGGGCACGGGCUGGGCCACCCCUGGGGGACGGGCCUGGGGGACGGCGGGCCCUGGGCCCCGGGGGGCGCGCUGGACCCCGCGCCGCACCCCGACGUGAAGCCGGGCCGCGAGGACCUGCAGCUGGGCCCCCUCCUGCCGCCGCAGCGGUCGCCGCACGUGUCGCAGCCGUCCCCGCACCCCGCGGGGGGCCACCCGUGGGCAGCCGGGCCUGCGGGGGGCGGCGGGUACCCGGCGGCGCCCGGCUUCUCGGUGGGAGGCCUGCUGGACCCCGGAGGGCCCAGCCCCCCGCAGCCGCCCCUGCCGGGGGACCCCCUGGGCCCCCGCGGCUGCGGGGCCGGGGACCCGCCCUCGGACGAGGAGACCCCCACGUCGGACGAGCUGGAGCAGUUCGCCAAGCAGUUCAAGCAGCGCCGCAUCAAGCUGGGCUUCACCCAGGCCGACGUGGGGCUGGCCCUGGGCACCCUGUACGGCAACGUCUUCUCGCAGACCACCAUCUGCCGCUUCGAGGCCCUGCAGCUCAGCUUCAAGAACAUGUGCAAGUUGAAGCCCCUGCUCAACAAGUGGCUGGAGGAGGCCGACUCGUCCUCCGGGGGCCCCACCAGCCUCGACAAGAUCGCGGCCCAGGGCCGCAAGCGCAAGAAGCGCACCUCCAUCGAGGUGAGUGUCAAGGGGGUCCUGGAGACCCACUUCCUCAAAUGUCCCAAGCCCGCCGCGCAGGAGAUCACCAACUUGGCCGACAGCCUGCAGCUGGAGAAGGAGGUGGUCAGAGUCUGGUUUUGCAACCGGCGGCAGAAAGAGAAGCGCAUGACCCCCCCGGGCGACCCCCAGCCGCACGACGGCUUCGCCCACUCCCACGCUGGGAAGGCCGACUCGGCCUGUCACGACCUCUGAGGACCUCUCCCCUCCUCCCCGCCCUGCC